AUGAGUAAUUAGGAUUCAUCUCACAUUGGACUUAUAAUAGUGCUCAGUAUAUUUAUAGGACUAUACUUGUUCAUCUUGAUUAUUAUACAUUGUUUUGGAAAGAUAAACAAUAUUAUAUUUCCAGCUCCAGCUCCUAUGUAUUAAGAAUAAGAUUUUGAAGAUUAGCUGCAUUUUGCAUGUAUUUACAAUUAAGAUGGUAAUCUUGGUAAAACUAAAAUAAACAUAGUUAACGGAAAACCAAUUGAUUAUUCUUAAAAUCUCGAAAAAGUCAGAAGUAUUCCUUACGUUUAUAUAAAAAAUAAAUACUCAGAAACGAAUUUACAUUUGAUAUAUUUUCAUGGAAAUGCAGAAGAUGUGUAAACUUAAUAUUAAAUUAAGGUAUGCAGGAGCAUAAUUUAUGGAAUGUCUAAUGAAAAUGAUAAAUGCAAAUAUUUUUGUGAUAGAAUACCCUGGUUAUGGAAUAUAUAGAAAUAUCUAAACUACUUCAAAUUUAGUAGAGUAAGACUCAUUAGCCUUAUAUGAUGAAAUUAAAAUUAAGUUCAAAUUAAAUGAUGAUUAAAUUUAUAUUUUUGGAAGGUAUUUUCUGAAUUACUAUGUAGAUCAAUUGGUACUGGACCUUCUUUUUAUCUAGCAAGUCAAAGAAAUAUUAAAGGAUUAAUAACUAUGUCUGCUUAUAAAUCGAUUAGAGAUAUAGUAGGUGAUUUUUGUUAUGGAUGUGGCUGUAUUUUAAACAUAAUUUGUUGUUUACCAAAUUUCUUCAGAAAUUUAGAAAGAUCCUAAGAAGUUAAAUGUCCAAUAGUAAUGAUUCAUGGAUUAGAUGAUACUUUAAUUAAGUUCCAUCAUUCUUAAGAAAUUUUCUUAAAGUAUUAAUAUUAUAAUAAUAACAGUCUUCCUUAUGAUAUUUAAUAAUAAUCAAAAAUAUUUUUAAAACCAAGAAUGACCCAUAAUGAUUAUGAUAUCGAAGAUGAUAUUGCCAACUCAAUAUUAGAAGGUUUUAUGGAAUUAAAACAAAAGAAAUUUCAUUGA